AUGUCUGUUGCGUCUUUGCACCGUGAUACCGCCUUCCAGGCUCGGUCUUUGUUCCGCUCCCUGCUGCGUCAAUCGUCCCAGUUCUCCAACUACAACUUCCGUGAAUAUGCUCGUCGCAAGACGAGGGACUCCUUCCGCGAACACCAGAAUGAGUCGGAGGAGCGUCGGAUACAGGAGCUGAUCCAGGGUGGACUGCAAGAUCUACGUUUGUUGAAGAGACAAACGGUCAUCAGUCAGUUCUAUCAACUGGACAAGUUGGUGGUGGAGGGCCAGAAGACAGGAAAGGAGACGGGUGAUCACGGUGGAAUCGUUCGCCAGAAGGACACUGGUUGGGACUAA